AUGGUUUCUUCGACAGUGUUGUGUCUAGUGUUGCUGCAGGCCGUUGGUGCUCUUGGGUUUCCGGCGACUCUGAAGCUGGAAAGAUCGUUUCCCACCAACCAUGGCGUUGAGUUGAAGCAACUCACGGAAAGAGAUGGUUUAAGACACCAUAGAAUACUACACAAGUAUGCUGAUCCAAAUGUGGUUGUUGGAUUUGAAGUAUAUGGAACCUAUGAUCCUUUUGAUGCUGGACAAAUUAUAUCCGUCAUUUCCCAAAUUUCAUCACAAGGGAUUGCACCAAAUUCCUUUGGACAUUGUCUAGCUGGUGGUGAUGGAGGUGGGAUUUUGGCCUUUGGCACACCAGUCAUGCCCGAUCUAGUCUUCACUCCACUUGUGAAGUCAAUAGUUUUGCUGUCGGGGGUAUUUUGGGAAAAACUGUCAUAUUUGAUGUUCUUGGAAGCGACUUGUUGUGGGUCGGUUGCAAACCCUGUCAAUCUUGCCCUACAUCAUCCACACUACAAGUAUGUUCUGAUCAUUUCUUAUAAGCAAACUCGUCAACAUCUUCUGCUAUCUUAUGCUAGGACGAAAGUUCUCCAAAAUCCAACUCAUGUUCAGAUAACCAAUGCACCUACGAUCUCCACUAAGGGGUUGGUAGUGGAACAUAAGGCCGUUGGUGCUCUUGGGUUUCCGGCGACUCUGAAGCUGGAAAGAUCGUUUCCCACCAACCAUGGCGUUGAGUUGAAGCAACUCACGGAAAGAGAUGGUUUAAGACACCAUAGAAUACUACACAAGUAUGCUGAUCCAAAUGUGGUUGUUGGAUUUGAAGUAUAUGGAACCUAUGAUCCUUUUGAUGCUGGAUUCCUAUUACUAUCUAUGAUCCAGCAAACUCGUCAACAUCUUCUGCUAUCUUAUGCUAGGACGAAAGAUGUUCUCCAAAAUCCAACUCAUGUUCAGAUAACCAAUGCACCUACGAUCUCCACUAAGGGCUGUAGCACAUCCGAAACAGGACAGAUAAGUCAAACGGAAAGAACACUUGAUGAGAUUAUGGGAUUGGGCAGACAAAUUAUAUCCGUCAUUUCCCAAAUUUCAUCACAAGGGAUUGCACCAAAUUCCUUUGGACAUUGUCUAGCUGGUGGUGAUGGAGGUGGGAUUUUGGCCUUUGGCACACCAGUCAUGCCCGAUCUAGUCUUCACUCCACUUGUCAAUGUUUUAUUUUCUUUAUAUUUAUUUAUUAAUGCCGUUGGUGCUCUUGGGUUUCCGGCGACUCUGAAGCUGGAAAGAUCGUUUCCCACCAACCAUGGCGUUGAGUUGAAGCAACUCACGGAAAGAGAUGGUUUAAGACACCAUAGAAUACUACACAAGUAUGCUGAUCCAAAUGUGGUUGUUGGAUUUGAAGUAUAUGGAACCUAUGAUCCUUUUGAUGCUGGAUUCCUAUUACUAUCUAUGAUCCAGCAAACUCGUCAACAUCUUCUGCUAUCUUAUGCUAGGACGAAAGACGUUCUCCAAAAUCCAACUCAUGUUCAGAUAACCAAUGCACCUACGAUCUCCACUAAGGGCUGUAGCACAUCCGAAACAGGACAGAUAAGUCAAACGGAAAGAACACUUGAUGAGAUUAUGGGAUUGGGCAGACAAAUUAUAUCCGUCAUUUCCCAAAUUUCAUCACAAGGGAUUGCACCAAAUUCCUUUGGACAUUGUCUAGCUGGUGGUGAUGGAGGUGGGAUUUUGGCCUUUGGCACACCAGUCAUGCCCGAUCUAGUCUUCACUCCACUUGUGAAGUCAAUGUAA